UACAGUAGUUCAUUCUACAUUUAAUGCAAGACUUUUAUGAAACUGUAUAAUCAAUUUUUUACACAGUUUUAAGCUGAACUUAUUAAUUACAUUGUUGAAAUUAUCAUUAAUUUCAUCUUGUAAUAAUGGCAAACAAUGAGGAUAAUAAAAGCGAAGGUUCAGCUGAAAUUGAAGGAGAGAAUGAAAAUGACGAGAAUGAAGAACCAGAAAAGAUUCUUAUCACAGAUCCUGAUAGCGAAGAAUUAGAUUUCAAUCACUCACGAUUAACAAAAUUAGAAAUGUUAGAACCAUUAAGCAAAAUACGUAAAUUAUGUUUUACAUGGAACCUGAUAAAGAAAAUUGAAAAUCUUGAUACACUUACAACUUUGGUUGAGUUAGAGUUAAGGGAUAAUCAAAUUGCUGUUAUAGAAAAUUUAGAUACUCUUGUAAAUUUAGAACUUCUAGAUUUAUCUUUCAAUCGUAUUAGAAAGAUAGAAGGAUUAGAAAACUUACUGAAUUUACAAAAGUUGUUUCUGUCAUCAAAUAAAAUUCAGUGCAUUGAAAAUCUAUCUCACUUGAAAAAUCUUUUAACUCUUGAGUUAGGUGAUAACAAAAUAAGAGAGAUAGCUAAUCUUGAAGGACUUGAAAAUUUAACAAGUUUAUUCCUUGGUAAAAAUAAAAUAACAAAAAUUGAGAACUUAGGUUGUUUAAAAAAUCUUCAAUUAUUAAGUCUUCAAAGUAAUCGCAUUAUAAAAAUAGAGAAUCUAAGUGAAUUAAAGAAUCUGGAUCAGCUAUAUUUAUCUGAAAAUGGAAUAACAUCCAUUGAAGGAUUAUCGAAUUGUCUAAAAUUAACAACUUUUGACUUAGGAAAUAAUAAAAUAACAAAGAUUGAAAACAUUGAACAUCUUGUGGAUUUAGAAGACUUUUGGAUAAACAACAAUGAAAUUGAGAAGUGGACAUCUGUAGAAAAUUUAGUAGUUAAUAAAAAAUUACAAACUGUGUAUUUAGAACAUAAUCCUGUUGCCAAAGAUCCAAAUUAUAGAAGAAAAAUUAAAUUAUUACUGCCAUGGCUUAUUCAAUUAGAUGCAACACUUUGCAAAUAG